GUUCAAUUUGAGUUGAAUUUAUAUUUUUGCAUUUUUCAUUUCCUCCAUGGCUAAACCCUUGUGUUCCUUAGUUAUUCUUCUCUUUUUCUGCAGCCUUUUCUUGAAAUCUGAGACCUUUGAUUUUGUAUACAAUGGAUUCAAUGGAUCAAAUCUUGUCCUAGAUGGAUAUGCUAGAAUCAAGGAUAAAGCAUUAAAACUUACUGAUAGAUCCAAGAACGUCAUAGGCCGUGCAUUUGAUCGUAGUCAAAUUCCCAUGUCCGGAAACAGUAGCCCUAAUGCUACUUCAUUUAGCACUCAUUUUGUAUUCCAAAUUGUCCCUUCUGAUACCAACAGAGGGGGCUAUGGCUUCGCCUUCAUAUUAUCCCCGUCGACGCAACUUUCUGGGGACGGGGGACAAUUCCUAGGAGUCGUCAACCCAUCAAAUGAUGGAAACUCUUCAAACCAUCUUUUCAUGGUCGAAUUCGACACGGUUAGUGGACACAACCAGAAAUCAGACAGGUACGGGAACCAUAUCGGAAUUAACAUCAAUGGAUUGGAUUCCAAAGCCUCGGGCUCCGCAUUGUAUUACAAAGGGUUGACUCAGCAAACGGAAGAUAUUGAUUUGGAGGACGAAAAUCCAAUCCAGGCUUGGAUAGAUUAUGAUGGAUUGGCAGUGAAUGUGACUGUUGCACCUUCAACAAUUGACAAGCCAAUUAAGCCUCUUUUAUCUCACACGAUUGACUUGUCACGGGAGAUGAAGGAUUUUAUGUAUGCUGGAUUUUCAGCAUCGACAGGGGAUAAGGCAAGUUCUCAUUACAUCCUCGGAUGGAGUUUCAAGCUAAACGGGACUGCUGUUCCACUUGAUGUUUCUCAGCUUCCUGAUAUACCAGCUGAAAAAUCAUCUUCCUCCCAAAAUAAACUGAAAAGAGCACUUAUUACAACUUUUUCAGUUGUGUUAUUUUUAUUAGCGCUGGCAUUGAUAAGUAUUUUGACAUAUCGGAAGGUGAUGAAGUUUGAGGUUUUGGAGGACUGGGAAUUGGAUUGCCCUCGCCGGUUCCGGUACAAGGAUCUUUAUGUUGCCACUAAGCGAUUCAAGGAGAGUGAGAUCAUUGGAGUUGGAGGAUUUGGAACUGUUUACAAGGGUGUUUUACAGGCUACCGGAGCCGAGGUUGCUGUGAAAAAGAUAACAUCGAACGAUACAUUGAAAGGAACGAGAGAAUUCGCAGCUGAAAUCGAAAGCUUGGGAAGGUUAAGACACAAAAACUUGGUCAAUCUUCAAGGUUGGUGUAAGUAUAAAAGAAAUCUUCUUUUAGUAUAUGAAUAUGUUCCCAAUGGAAGUCUUCAUUCUUUACUCUAUAGUUCCAUGGGCACUGUUUUGAGUUGGGAGCAAAGAUUCAAUAUCAUCAAAGGCGUUGCAUCCGGGCUGCUAUAUUUACAUGAAGAGUGGGAGAAGGUCGUAAUACAUCGUGAUGUAAAGUCGAGCAAUGUUCUGAUAGAUCGUGACAUGAAUGCUCGAUUAGGAGACUUUGGACUAGCAAGAUUAUACGACCAUGGUCAAAAUUCACACACCACAAAUGUCGUAGGUACUAUCGGAUACAUUGCACCUGAAUUGACACGAACCGGGAAGGCCUCAAAAGGCACUGAUGUCUUUGCAUACGGCAUUCUACUUCUUGAAAUCGCCUGUGGAAGAGCACCAGUCACAUAUGAACCAGACCGGAAUGCGAUAUUAGUGGAUCGGAUUUUGGAUUGUAUCCAGACGGGCAACAUUCUCAAUGCAGUCGAUUCUAAACUGAAUUCGACUUAUGCAAUCGAAGAGAUGGAACUAGUGAUGGGACUUGGUCUUUUGUGCUCUCAUCGAAAGCCGGAAUCAAGGCCUACAAUGAAGGAAGUGAUAAGAUAUCUUAACAGGGAUGAAAUUCUGCCAGUUUUUGAUAAAUUAAACUCAGCUGGAUCCAAGAGAGCUGAUCUAAUCAGAUCAAGAUUCAUGGCUUUAGGGUUAGCUGAUGACAGUAUUGUCACAACAUCAUCAAUUCCCUCAUCUUCUGCAGGGGAAAUGUCUACUAGUUCAUUUGAAAUUUCUGGCAGAUGAUAAAUAGAAUAUCUUGGAAAUUUACGUUACGGUUUUAUCAGAUCAACAGUAGGGAACCAGCCAGUCAGAGUCUAAUUUCAUAUUGUACAUGUUAAACAUCUUUGCUUCUUUCCAAAUUCCUAGUUAGUAUUUAUACUGCUCUUACCAUUCUAAAUUAUCAUUUUUGUCUAUAUGUAAUGGUUA